AUGGGUUCAAGAAGAUACGAUUCAAGAACUACAAUUUUCUCUCCAGAAGGUCGUCUUUACCAAGUAGAAUACGCAUUGGAAUCCAUCUCCCAUGCUGGUACUUCCAUUGGUAUCAUGUCCAAAGAUGGUAUCGUCUUAUUAGCUGAACGCAAAAUCACAAGUAAAUUAUUGGAACAAGAUAUUUUGAAUGAAAAAUUAUAUAAAUUAAGUGAUAAAAUCACUUUGGCUGUUGCAGGGUUGACUGCAGAUGCUGAAAUUCUAAUAAAUAUAGCAAGACAAUUUGCUCAAAACUAUUUAAUGACCUACAACGAAGAAAUCCCAGUGGAGAUCCUAGUCAAGAAAUUAAGUGAUAUUAAACAAAGUUAUACUCAACACGGUGGGUUAAGACCCUUUGGUGUGUCAUUCAUUUAUGCAGGUUAUGAUGAUAUAUUGGGUCCACAAUUAUACACAUCAAACCCUUCAGGGAAUUAUACAGGCUGGAAAGCUAUAAGUAUCGGUGCUAAUACAAGUGCUGCUCAAACUUUAUUACAAAUGGAUUAUAAAGAUGAUAUGAAUUUAAACGAUGCUAUGGAAUUGGGGUUAAAGACUUUAUCCAAAACCACAGAUAGUAGUAAUUUGACCUACGAUAGAGUAGAAUUAUCCAUCAUUAAAAUCGAUAAAGAAAAUGAUAACAAAAUCAUUCAAAAGAUUUAUAACCCUGCAGAGAUUAAACAAUUGUUGAUCAAGUUUGGUAUUAACAAGAAAAAUGAUGAAGAUGAAGAUGUAGAAAUGAAAUAA